AUGGUACACGAAGAGAGAAGGCGCUCGGUAGAAGCGCUCGGCGUAGACCCGGAAACGGAACGGAGCACCGUCGUCGGCACUCCCCGAAGUCCCUCCCUCGACGGCGACGACCAGCAGGCAUUGGGAGAUGUGGCGGCGUCCAUCCGGGAUUUGGACUAUGUCCCAGAUGGUGGGCGAGAGGCCUGGACGGUCGUUUUGGGAUCGUGUCUGGCUCUGUUCGCAUCCGCUGGGAUGAUCAACGCCUACGGCACAUUCCAAGAUUACUACGAAACGACGCUUCUGCCGUCUUCAUCCUCGUCAACAAUUUCAUUCAUCGGGUCCCUACAAGUAUUCCUCCUGUAUUUGUUUGGGACCUUCACAGGCCGUAUAUUCGAUGCGUACGGCACCAAGGUCAUGAUCCCCCUCGGAUCAUUUCUUUGUGUGUUCUCGCUCAUGAUGGUGUCGCUCUGCCAAAAAGACCAAGCAUAUCAGGUCUUCCUCUCUCAGGGCCUCCUUUUCGGUGCCGGAAUAGGCCUGCUUUUCAGCCCCUCGAUAGCCGUUCUCAGCCACUGGUUCCGGAAGCGACGUGCACUCGUCAUUGGACUCAGCACAGGCGGAAGCGCGAGCGGCGGCGUCGUUUUUCCUGUCCUGCUCGAGCAGCUCAUCCCCAAAGUCGGCUUCGGAUGGGCCGUGCGCAUCAUGGCCUUCAUCCUCCUGGCGUGCCUCACCGUCUCGUGUCUGACGAUCCGCACGCGACUACCGCUCUCGGGCAACCUCUCCCUCCGUACCGCCAUCGACUUCGGCGGGUUCCGAGACCCACGGUACACGCUCGCCACUAUCGGCGCCUUCCUGCUCUUCUACACCUUCUUCAUCCCGUACUUCUACAUCCAGAUCUACGCUGACUUCCGCGCGGUCCCGGCGCACACCGGGCACUACCUCCUCGCGAUCCUCAACGCCAUGAACAUCCCCUCGCGGAUCCUUCCCGGAUACAUCGCAGACAAGGUCGGACCGCUCAACGUCUUCGUGCCCUGCGCCGCGGUCUGCGCCGUGCUCAUUCUCGGGCUCUGGCUACCCUCGACAAACACCGCUGCCAUCGUCGCGUUCGCAGCCCUGUACGGGCUGUUCUCAGGUGCUUUCGUAUCCCUGGUGCCGACCUACAUCGCAACCAUCUCCCCGAGAGAAAAGUUCGGCGCCCGCUUAGGGUCGUUAUACAUGGUCGUUGGGGUCGCGACGCUCGUCGGCACCCCAACGGGCGGCGCGCUGCUCAAGCAAACCGACGAGACCCACUUCCGCACGCUCAUUGUCUUCUGCGGGGUGGUGACCGCGGUGGGCACGGCAGUGCUUGGGAUGGCUGGCGUCGUCGGUUCGAAACGCGUGCGGAGGGCGCUGUGCGGCCGACGCGCGGCGGGCCCGGAGGUCGUGGAAAAGCCGCCGAUGGAGAUUGGGUGCUGA